GGGGGAAACAGUCAAUUGCCGAAUCGGGCAAGGCCCACUUCCCCCUCCGCACUGGGGAAUUUCCUCAACUCGGAAAAAAAAAAUCUUUAGGUUCCAUCAGAGCUUCCAUCAUCCACUUUGGUUCUCCAUUACGGAUAUCGUCACCUCUUUGGCCGUUCAAAGUCACCUGCAUCCUAUUCGCAUUCAAAACAUCAGCCCGGUUGGUUGCCCUUAGCAGUCACAGCACCAAUUGAUCAAUAUGGGCCCUCCUCGGCGCAAGGUACUCGCUACGGCGGAAGAGACGAUGGUGCCGCCGGAUGAGCUUGCCCAGGGACAUUUAAUUACGCGGGUCAUCAAAGCUACCGGAAACAACAUCUACCUGGUUGAGACGCCAUCCAAGGAGUCGGCCCUGGUCGAAUUGCCUUCGCGAUUCCGUUCGACUAUCUGGAUCAAGCGGGGAUCUUACGUGGUGAUCGACACCAAUGCUCUUGAGGGCCGCGACAACAAGCUGAAGGGCGAGAUUAUCAACAUUGUCCGGGAUGAGAAGGCAUGGCGCAAGGCUCCAUUCUGGCCCAAGGAAUUCACCAAGCAAGUCGUUGCUGCUUCGGACGACGAGGAAUCUGAGGAGGAGUCUAAUGUUGGUAAACUGCCGCCUUCGGAUGACGAGUCUGAUGCAUGAUCAUGCUUUUCCCA